CCCAAUUCCCAUCUCCUGCCGCUGUUACAAAAAGCCUCGCAGCACACACCUGCUUUCCGAGUGUAAAUUUUCACAGCCCUCGACGAGUCAUCUCCGACCCGAAAUCAUGUCUCUCGCAGACCUGGAUGGGGAGUAUCUGGCUUCCUUGAAGCAAGCGAUGACCAACUUACUUUCUACACCCCUUGCCGAAUUUGCCUAUGCCCAAAUUAUUGACGGCAUGCCAACCCGUGACUCCUACUUCGGACCACGCCAUUGCCAUAAAGGAGCUCCCGUACUCAAUCAUCUGGAGCUGUGCCCUGGCAUUAUGGAAAAGACUAGGGCUUUCCGCUCCCAGUUUGACGUCUUGUCCCUCAACUUUGAACCCAAGACCAUACAAGCCUAUCAAGACACAACUCUGGGCUCUGCUGCUUUCAAACUUCGGCUCCUAGAGCUAAUUGUAAUUGCCUGUCACAAUAUCGCUGUUUACCUUUACCAACUAGACGAAGGAGCCCAUAAGCACGCGGAAUGGGAGAAAUGGCACACGGAAAUGCGUGACGCGCUUGCAAAAGAAGAUUCCGAGGAGUCUCGGGACCUUCGGGCUGAGUACGGACCGCCCACGCCAUUCUUUAGGUCUUAUCGUGCCUAUAAAAAGUACCCCAACGGCCUGGAAGACGUCGCUGGGUACUGGGUAGAGUACGAGAUCUUCGGAGGUGUUGUCCUUUUUGACCGCGGAGAGAGCGAGGACGAGUGCAAUGGCAUAUACAUACACAUUCCAGAAAUCAUUGAUACCCUCGCACCACCGACCGAAAAGCAGUUCACCGACCUCGUGGCUUUCCUCUUGUCACCAACCGCAGACACGGACCCUAGCCACUGCCCUCUUCCGAUACGCAUCGGCUUCCAAAAUAAAUGGCGUUGGCAUCACUAUGAGGGCAUGGUAGAUUACAAUAUCUUCAAGUUUCGCCAUGAGGUGCCCAAUUACCCACGCCGUCGUCGUCGUGAGUGUGUCGUCUGCAUCAAGGACUGGCCCGAGCUUGAUGAAUAUCAAACCAUAUGGUCACACAGGGGCGUCUGUGACGAGGAUUUGAUAGCGGCCUGUGAGGAAAGGUUGAAGCGAAUAGCUACCCCGACAUCUGCGUGCUAUCACUGGGACGACGAGGAACAGUCAAGGCUACAACCAGACCCGAAGAAACAAGGGAGACCACCAUACUUCUUCGACCCGUAG